UUAAUAAAUCUUUAAGUCAAAUAAAUAAUAGUGGAGAAGAUUUUGUUAGUAGGCAUGAGAAAGAUAAAUACAGAAAAUAUGAAAAACACGGCAAAGAAUUAGAUAAACAAAAAGCCAAGAGAAAACUUCAGAAUGCAUUGAAUAUGUAUAAAAAACAUGCUGCAGAAUCAGUUGAAUAG